CAUUCUGAUACUACAGUAGGUAAAGGAAGCGAAGGCUUCCUUUACAGAUUUCCAUCUUCUUGACUUUUUCGAUCUUGUGACAUACUGCGCGCAACACCUUCUUGUUGAACAAAUAGCUACGAAGCAAUGCUCGUGCUCUAGUCCAGAUGGAUGUGAGAACGUGUCUGCGGUCGUUGCCGCCCGAAACCAUGGUGUGAGCCUGAUUGCAAAAGGUCACAUCUGCCUUUUCCGUUCAGCACCAUGUCGAAUGCCAAAGAAGAUGUCAAGUUUGCACAAGAGGAGGAAACUCGUAGGCCACCCCUGCGAUCUGUUCAAACAGAAGCUUUCAAUCAUGAUUCCGCUCCUUCCGAUGACUUAUCCGUCGACGAGCAAGCUGCCGUUUUGGAGGCAAUGUCCCUCGAGUCACCUCCAGGUCUGGUUCAGUCGCCCAGUAGUUACUCGACCGAGUUCAGUCCAACAAGUUCUGGUCCAUGCUCUGUUCCCAUCACUCCCAUAACACCUACAACGCCAAACUCACCCACGCCAUCCAAAUUCAUGACCGCUUUACAAGAUGUCCGGCAUUUUGCGGGUGGCCUGAUCGCUCACCCAUACGAGUCUACCAAGCACUAUUCCAUACUGCGUCAUUCAUCCGGACUGGUCUACUAUAGUGGUCCAACCACCAAUCUGGCCAUCACCAUCUUCUCAGACCGAGAAAUUCCACCAGACAGGACGUUAUGGUUGCAACGCAAAGGAUUCUCCGGCAAGACUGGGUUGAAGAUUGGCAGCUUGCUUGGUGCGCGAAGUACGUGGAUCAAUGUGACGCCGACCAUCAAGGCCAUCCCUGAUCAACUCGACCCAAACAACGAACGUGCAUGGCAGAGAGAUAUCAACAAAUUCCUCAAGAAGGCACCCAAGGAAAUCCGAUCCCAUCGUGUACGAGAGACCGACAUACUCCGUAUCCCUUGUGAUGCAGAUGAUGGUUAUCUAAGAGUGGUGCUUUGCACGGCGGAAGGCAAGAAGGUGCUUUGCGGCAGUCCCAUCUUCCGACUAGCAUCGUCAACCACCAGCUUCAGCUCCAUGCGAGGCGCAUCACUUAGCACCAUGCCACUUGAAGUCGGUGCCAAGAUUGGACAGUUCGUGGCUCGCAAUGCGGUCUCCGCCACGUUCACUCCACUGGCAGACAAUGCUCGAUCGGCUGUUACAGGUCAAUUGACUCAGAUAUACAAGCCCAGUUUUGCCGUGCAGGAAGUCGCGAACUACGCUUACAGCUCUGAAGCACCGAAAGUGCAAGGACGACUUGAUAAUCUGAACCAGCAGUACGAUCAAGCUCGGGAUGCUUCUCUGGAUCCAGUACAACAACACGCAUACGACGCUCUGGCGCGACCGGAUAUCGUAGGCCCCGAGUCUGGCCCUGUCCAGCCGUUCCCAGUUCGUUUCCAAGGGAAAGUGGUGCAGGGCACAGGGCGAAGCAAAGCAUUACUGAAAAUACCGACCGCGAAUCUGACGGGCGUACCUGACGAGAUUCUCUGGCGAUAUAAAGGUGUAUUCUUCGGUUGGGCAGCAAUCAGCUGGCCCAAGAAGGUCGAAUCCGAAAAGGGCGCCUCUGGCGUAUGGCACAAAGCCAUCAUUUUCAUGUCUCCUGAUCCGGACCGAAGGAGGACGGUGGUACACCGGAACACUGCUCGAGUUUAUCUGUUGCACGAUUUCCAAGCCACUCAACUGAUUGAUGCAAAGUUAUCCAUCAUGAUGAUGGGGUACCUUCGCGCCAUGGACGAACCGGGUCCGGAUGAGCAAGUGGAUGUUGACGCGCAAAUGUUUGAUAUCUAUAAAGAUGUCGCAGUUACUACUACAAGUCUGAGUCGACCCCCGUGGUCGGCAGAAGCAACGUUGGAGCGGAUCCGGUCAGCGGCGUCAAGCCGGUCCAUGACUGAGCGAUAUGUCGAUCUCAGACAGAAUACACAGAGGCAGAUUGACAGAGUCCCGGUCAAUCGGCUGGGCAUCAGGACGGAGAGUGCUGCUUUGAAGGACAAGUUGAUUGGGGCUGGAGGAGUCUGGAUUCCACGACAGUCACAGUCGUUGGGCUAUGCGUAUACGAAUUAAUGAACUGAUGUCUCUCUGUGUCACAUAUUGGAAUUGUAUCUGAGGCUGUGGCUACGGCCAUUCCUUAGAUUUUCCUGUUUAGUGUGGUCCGACCUCAAUCGAUGUACUUCACCCUCGCCUCACUCUCUGCCCUUUAUACAUUAAACCCACGGGAUUUUCAUCAACAAUCAGAGACAAAGCCAUCCGCUUCUUGGCCAACUGUAAAAGCAGGUUGGUUUCACAGUUAAUGGGCCGCUUUGGAUGAAGGAUUGUU